AUGUUGAUUGCCUUGAAGGCCCAAGAACGCGAUGAAGCUCCAUCUUUUGUCGGCUUUCGGUUACGACAUGUACUCGCUUUCGAAGAUAAUUAUCUGAGAGGCAAGUUUUCAGGCAUCAGAAAUGUGAACCCAGCGCGUCGCAUUACACUUCGUCACUCUCUUGAAUCGCCUCAUAAUCUGGUCUAUCACCAUGGCACGGCUCUCACUCAAUUGCUGAUUCUGUUCAUAAAACAUCCUCAAACUUGA